AUUGACAGCUCACCAAUUCAUCGAUCCCGAGUGUCGUUCAUGAUUCGAUGUUAUGGCAGAAAGUACCAACCUCGCAACUAGCAACCCAGCCUGGCUGCUUAUUCUCCCACUAUAUGGCAAUGACGCGCCGAGCAACAAUAACGAAGCAGUCAUCUGGCUCUUGUCGCUCCGCAGAACCAGCGUCCAAGAUCAGCACCAGAUGAUUUCUGUCGUGACACCGAGUGCAACCGUCUCUGUGACGGUGUCGGCUUUCGCCCUUCCCGCACUCAGGAACCAGGAGUAUUGAGUGUCACCCUGCUAACUAUUUGUCCACUCUGGAUACGCCGCAUAUUCAUCGCUUGUGUCUCGAUCAAGGCUAUUGACAUGACUCUUUCCAUGAAGACGCAAAACGCGGUGAUUUCUGGAUGCUAUCCCUGCAGGUCAAGAAUCUUCCGAAGGCCCGCCGCCGCGACGCAA